CUCACAGGGGUCCUAGAUGAUUGUUUAUGUGACAUAGAAAGCAUCGAUGACUUCAAUACUUUCAAGAUCUUCCCCAAAAUACAGAAACUUCAAGAACGUGAUUACUUCAGAUAUUACAAGGUCAACCUGAAGAGACCGUGCCCAUUUUGGGCUGAUGAUGGCCAUUGUUCUAUCAAAGAUUGUCACGUAGAGCCUUGUCCUGAGAGCAAAAUACCUGUUGGAAUUAAGGCUGGGAGCUCUAAUAAAUAUUCAAAAGCAGCAAAUAAUUCCAAAGAAUUGGAAGACUGUGAGCAAGCUAACAAACUGGGAGCUGUUAACAGUACCUUAAGUAACCAAAGUAAGGAGGCUUUCAUUGACUGGGCAAGAUACGAUGAUUCACAGGAUCAUUUUUGUGAACUUGAUGAUGAGAGAUCUCCAGAUGCACAGUAUGUGGAUUUGCUGCUGAAUCCCGAACGUUACACUGGAUACAAGGGGCCUUCUGCUUGGAGAGUGUGGAACAGCAUCUACGAAGAAAACUGUUUCAAGCCUCGAUCUGUCUAUCGUCCUUUAAAUCCACUGGCGCCCAGUAGGGGGGGAGAUGAUGGAGAAUCUUUCUACACAUGGCUAGAAG